AUGUUCCAGAAGGCGCACUCACGUUCCGUACCACCUGGGGAUGUCUGUCCAACUCCUGCCAGGCACAUAUUUGAGGUCAAGGAAGAGGUCAAGACUUGGAUGGUGACGACUUUCAAACUCCACUUGUCCGGCUUUCUCAAGCUGCGCGGAGCUCAGCUUCUCCAUGUCGAGGUCAUCUGCCGGCCUGACAAGGGUCACACCGAGUUUCUUUCAUUCAUGACAGCAUGGAAGGAGAAUGCUGUGCCUCGUGAAGCUCUCAUGACCUUCGCCAUGCCCGAGCUCAGUUCCGGGCAGACUGUGGGCUUGAAGCACUACGUCAACCACCAUAUUCAACCAUUGGGAGGGUCGGUUUACAUGAUGAACCACCAAACGCUUGGCAACCAGCGCAUGGAGGUCAACAUGAUUAUCCGAGGAUGGCAGCACAGCUGGCACGCGUUCCUCCAAGCUCUCUGCAUCAACUAUGCGCGGGGCAUUAUCAUGGCCAUGGACAGGCAGAAUAUGCUCCAGCAGGAGAAGACUCUGAGGCUUCUCAGGCAGAAGUGA